AACCACAUUUUGGAGGGCUGUACUGGACUCUAAGUGGUUGGCUUUCAGAGCUCUUUCCUUUGGCUCCUCAUCCCCAACUGUGUCCCCCCUACUUGGUGCUUAUUCCCAAAUUUCUACCACUAGAUAAUUGUUUUCUUUUUUUCACCCCCUUCCUGCUUUCCCUUUAAAAAAAUACUUCUCCGAGGAGAACACAGUAAGAAGUGAUUGAGUUUUGGAUGCUCUUUGGAUUGAUCAGAAGGCCCAGGGCGGGUAUGGGUUUGGCUCUUACUCAGAAGAUAUGUUACCUAGGGAUGCCUGGUGGCUCAGUUGGUUAAGCAUCUGCCUUCAGUUCAGGUCAUGAUCCCAGAGUCCUGGGAUCAAGUCCUGCAUCAGGCUUCUUGCUUGGUGGGGAGCCUGCUUCUCCCUCUGCCUGCUGCUCCCCCUGCUUGUGCUUGCUUGCUUGCUGUCUCUCCCUCUGACAAAUAAAUAAAUAAAGUCUUAAAAAAAAAAAAAAGAUGUGCUAUCUAAUAUCUAACAUUUUUAGUGUUAUAAGCAUAAAUUUAUGAGUAGUGUCUUUUUACAUUUUAUUUAUUUUUUUUGAAGGUUUUUUUUUUCUAAAGAUUUUAUUUAUUUAUUUGAGACAGAGAGAAUGAGAGACAGCAUGAAAGGGAGGAGGGUCAGAGGGAGAAGCAGACUCCCUGCCGAGCAGGGAGCCCGAUGUGGGACUCGAUGUGGGACUCGAUCCUGGGACUCCAGGAUCAUGACCUGAGCCGAAGGCAGUCGCUUAACCAACUGAGCCACCCAGGCGCCCCUCUUUUUACAUUUUAAAACCUGAUUAACUAAAUAAAACAAACAAACAGCAUAGGGGCACCUGGCUGGCUCACUAGGUAGAGCAUGUGACUCUUGAUCUCACGGUCAAGAGUUCAAACCCCAUGUUAGGUAGGCCUAGAGCUUACUUUAAAAAAGAAAAAAAGAAAAAGAAGAGAAAAAACCAGCAUACCUUUUUCCCUCUUCAAAAAGAAAAAGACAUGCUCUGAGUCAGGAGGUCCCCCAUUUGAGUCCUCACUGUUCAUCUUCAAUCACUUCUCACUGUGUUCUCCUCAGAGAAGUUGUAUUUAUUUAUUUAUUUAUUUAUUUUCAAAGAUUUAUCCAUUUAUUUUAGAGAGAGAGAGUGAGUGCACAUGCACAGGCAGUUAGAGGGGCAGAGGGAGAGGGAGAAGCAGACUCCCCACUGAGCAGGGAGCCCUACGUGGGGCUCGAUCCCAGGACCCUGGGAUCAUGACGAGCUGAAGGCAGACUCUUAACUGACUAAACUGAAAUCAAGGGUCAGAUGCUUAACCAAAUGAGCCACCCAGGCGCCCCAAAGAGAAGUAUUUUUUAAAGCGAAGUCAGGAAGAGGGUGAAAAAAAAGAAAACAGUUAUCCAGUGGUAAAAAUUUGGGAAUAAGCACUAAGUAGGAGGACACAAUUGGGGAUAAGGAACUAAAGGAAAGAGCUCUCAGACUCCCAGGCAAAUAACUUAUCCUCUGUGCCUCAGUUUCCUCAUCUGUAAAAUCAGGCUGAUAAUACUGAUGAAGUUUCAUGGAUGAAAUAACAUAAAACACUAACACACACUGGAAGAGCUCAAAAACCUUAACCGUUGGGGCGCCUGGGUGGCUCAGUCGUUAAGCGUCUGCCUUCGGCUCGGGUCAUGAUCCCAGGUCCUGGGAUCGAGCUCCGCAUCGGGCUCCCUGCUCAGCGGGAAGCCUGCUUCUCCCUCUCCCACUCCCCCUGCUUGUGUUCCCUCUCUCGCUGUCUCUCUCUCUGUCAAAUAAAUAGAUAAAAUCUUAAAAAAAAAAAACCCACAAAAACCCUUAACUAUUAUAACUGAUUAGAGGGAAGAGUGGCGAAAAACCUGGCUCCCUGUCGACAUCUGAUCCAGAGUCAGAUUGGCUGGAAGUAUCUUAGACAUCUGGGCCAACAAUGGUGGGACACCUGUGGCCUCAGGCGUCAUCCUGAGAGGCCUCUGAGGUGUCAUCCUCAGAGGUCAUCCUGCCAUGUUGCCUCCGGCGGGUCAAGUAGAACACAGACCCGGGCUCCCAAUCCGCAAGUGCCCUGUCCACGUGCCUGGUACCAUUCUCACCCAGCCACUCUGUCCUGGAAGGGCUGGCUUUUCUGCAUACUCCUCUCUCCUGGCUUCAACUUUCCUGCUGUUCCUGGAGUUGUCUGGAGCUAAGGUGAGAAGGGACACCUGGGUAGUGGCCCUGUCUGCUCAGCCUCCUGGGCCUGGAGGAAGGUAAAGGCUGGGACCAUGCAGACAGCAGCAGCUGCAGGAGAGGCCCUGGAUGACUGGAGAAAACAGUUUAAACAUCAUCCUUUCCCCUUUUUUCCAUCUGUUGAAGCAUAUCCUGGCUUAGGAGCCUGGUGCCAAGAGGAUUUGAGGGGAGUGAUGUGUGGAGGGUGGGUGGUAUGGUUCUAACACUUUUUCACACUCCCUGGGAUUGUUUUUUCCAUGUCUCUUCCCUUACAGGACUGUGCUCCUCACCCCUCUUCUUGCACAGAGCCUGUAACUCAGUGUGUGUGUGUGUGUGUGUGUGUGUGUGUGUGAGAGAGAGAGAGAGAGAGAGAAACCUGCACCACAGAGCUGCUGUGGAAUGUUUGUGCUGCACUGGGUGUGGGGAUCAGGGGUGUGGUUUGGUUUUCUGGGUGAUAUCUGUAAGGGGCAUGUUCAUGUGUCCAUAUUGCAGUAGUCCAUGUGUGAGAUUUUUUUAUGUAUGCAACGUGUGUGAUCGAUGCAUGUGCAGUUUGGGAAUAAGCACUAAAUAGGAGGACACAAUUGGGGAUAAGGAACUAAAGGAAAGAGCUCUCAGACUCCCAGGCAAAUAACUUCUCUGUGCCUCAGUUUUCUCAUCUGUAAAAUGCUAUAUUUAAGGGUUUGAAGGGUGUGUGUAGUACGUUACUAUGAAUGCCGGGGCCCUGCUCCCCGUCACAGGCAAGCCUAUGGAGACACGUGCGGUUGCGUGAACGAAAUAAGAUAGAGCACUAACAUACAUAAGAAGAGCUCAGAAACCUUAAUUAUUUUAAUUACUGGGGGAACAGUAACCGAGACCCUGGCUCUAUGUUGCCAUCUUUAUUGGGCAGUAUUGUCUCCGGGACAGGGCGCCUGCGGGGGCUAGGAGGGAACGCGGGGAGAGGGCCUUGGGGGUGGGCGCCACGAGGGGCUGGGAACCGACACCAAGUCCUCAUCUUGAGAACUGGGCCUUGGGCUCCUGUGGAGGGGCCUGAGGGCAGAAGGAGAGAACGCGCGCGAACGCGAGCGAGCCAGAGACGGCCCUGCUCCAGAGCGAGAGAGAGCUCGAAGAAGCCGGGGUGCCUGCGGGGAGGCGGGCGGGGCUCCAGGGCCGCGGCUGGGUUCCGAAGGCUUGGGAGGGGCUGGAUUGCGGCGGAAGCUUGAAGUUGAGAGAAUGGCUGGGGCGGGGCUAAGAACGGGGUAGGGGCGGGGCUAAAGUCUGGGGGUAGGACUAAGAGCUGGGAGUCGGUCUGGAGAGGAACUAGGGAUGGGACUGAGGGCUGGGCCUGAGCGGCCGAGCUAAGGUUUAGGCCUGAAAUAAAGAGGUGGUACUAAGGUUAAAGGUGGGACAAAGAGGGGCCUGGAAGGAGCUGGGAGGCCCCGGAUGAAGAGCGCGGCUGAAGCUUAGAUUUGGGCUAAGACAACGCAGAGCCAGGGGAAGGUGGAGGGAGGGAUUGGGCAAACAUGAGGCGGAGUUAAAGGCUGGAUUGCGGCGAAGCUGAGAUUGGGGUUUAUGGUUGGCUCGACCAAGCUGAGGUUCAGGAUUGGACUUCUGCGAGGAAGAGUCUUGUAGAGACGAGAACUGGGUUGAGAGCGAUGUGGGUCAGGACGACACUGAGGAUUGAAAGGUGGACUAAGGAAAAGACUGAGGACAAUGCCAGCAUCUGGGAUGAGAGCAGCACUGAUGUAAACAGGUUACCCGGCUGGGAGAGAGGACAUCGGCUGGCUGGUGUGCCAUCUAGCACCAAUGCAUCUACCUUCUCCUCUGAAGGUGAAUUCAAGGACCCGGACAGGUGCUGCUGGAAACACAAGCAGUGCACUGGGCACAUCAUCCACCCCUUCACCUCAGACUAUGGCCACCACAACCUGCACCUGCACUCCGCCAGCCACUGUGACUGUGAUUCUAGGCUGAAGGACUGCUCAGAGAAGACAAAUAGCGACAACUCCCGAGAUGUGGGCCCAACCUGCUCCCGAGAGGAGGGCUCAACAUGUUUCAACAUCAUCCAGUCCCCUUGCUUUGAGCUCAUCCCAGAGGAAGAGUGUGUGGAGCGGUUCUGGUAUGGCUGGUGCAAAAGCUAUAGGCCUGUCUCUGUGGCAGUGAUCCACCAUCCAGUCCACCAUGACUAUGUGGCAGACGACCUGAAUGAAGAGGAGGAGGAGGAGGAGGAGGAGGAGGAGGAGGAGGAGGAGGAAAGCAAGCCUCCCAUCCCGACCCAAGUAGGGCCCGCCACCCCUGCACCCGCUGACACAGGCCUGGGCGCAGUCACAGGUACCCUGGACUCAGCAGCUCCCAUCACGAUCUGGCGCUCCGAGAGCCCCACGGGAAAGUCCCAAGGCAACAAGGUGAUCAAGAAGGUGAAGAAGAAAAAAGAAAAAGAGAAAGACAAGGAAGAGGAGACGGAUGAGAAGGUAAAGCCGAAGAAAAAAGUCAAGAAGGGCAAGUUGAUUAAGAAGAAAAGCCCGGUGAAAUUGGAAUCUUCACCUCCAGACUUGAGCCGAUCAGUAAGCCCGAGAGAGUUGACCAGGAUGUCCGAGUCCAGCCCAGACAGCCGGGAAGACCUGGAGAGUGAGGACAGUUACAAUGACCCCAGGCGGGAGGAGCCCUCCAGCGAGGAUAUUGUGGAGUCUUCGUCACCCAGGAAGAGAAAGAAGAACACGGUCCAGACUAAGAAACCUGGGGCCAAGACCUCACCAGUCAAGGUCAAGAGGAAAUCUCCCCCAGGAUCAAACCCCAAUCUCAGUUGAGGCCAGGGCGUCCACGGUGAAGAAUAAAUGCGUCAAGCCUGUAGCUGACCCCCUGCUGCUGUUCUCUCUCCCUCCAACCUGUCCCUGGGGCUGGGGGUGGGCUCUGGGCAUAGCUGGAGCCAAGGGGCCAGGGGGCUGCAGGGGUUUCUGAAGGGUAAUCUGUCUUUCAGGAGGGAGUCCAUGGGAACGUAGGAGGGAGGACAGUGGGGGACACGGCCUGCUUCUCUGUAACAUCCUAGGCUCGGGGCAGGAGAGGAGCACAUCUGGGGGGGGUGGGAAGGAGGCUGCCCGUCUCCUGGGAGACUGGUCUGUGUGCAAUCCGCUCAGGGACAGGCAGUGCUGUCUGCAGUGACACCCCUAAUAAAUUGAACCUUUUAACCCACUCUGUGCCACUGUGCCUGGCCUCUCCCUCCUCUAAGUGGCCUUCAGGAAGAUGCUGGUGGCACCGAAGGGAACAUGAUCUUCCCAGCUGGUGUGUCCCCACUCCUGCUAGGCCCUUCCAGACCUCUGUGCUGAAGGGAAUGGAAACGAGUUCCUGGCAGAAGAGCAGCCUUUCCCUCCCAACUCUUGUCAACAGCCAAAGAGAUCUUGAAUGACGGGAUGAAGUCCAGAUGGGAGGCUCAUCAAGUUUGGGCAGUAGUGACCUUUCCUGAUUUCUCUGCUGAGCCCCAAGCAGAGGAAAGGGAGAGGGAAAGCCUCACUUUCCCAGCACCAACUUGCAAAGCUGUGAGGCGAAGCCCUUCUGAAGAAACACGGCAUACCAGGAGUCUA